AUGUAUUUUCGUCGUUGUCAACGCUGCUUUAAGAUCCAAUGUUAUAUAUCUGGUCUUGCGCCUCCACAAUCGGUUCCCGUUCCGGAUCGUACGGCUCCGAACAUUCUACCAUCGAACCCGUUGUCUCCGACGGCCCUCCUGGACGGUCCUCAGUGUGCCGUCGAAAGCGUCGCGAUGCAGCAGCCGUCAGCGGCGGGAACGGUGCGAGCGUGGCUGCUUUCGGCACUCGUUGUGCACGCCGCCGUGGCGGGCAAUCCCGACGCCAAACGCCUCUACGAUGACCUCCUCUCUAACUACAAUAAGCUCGUGAGGCCCGUCGUUAACACCUCCGAUGUUCUACGAGUGUGCAUCAAGCUGAAGCUGAGUCAGCUCAUUGAUGUGGUAAGAUGCGUUUCGUCUUAA